UUUGCUUCCUGUGUUGUAAGAGAAACUUCCUCCCGUCGUCUCCUCUUAUAUCAGCGUGGACACGCUUGCUCAUUGACGACCCAAAGGAGCUAAUAAACCUCCUAAUUAGCCUGGAAAAAUGGUGUUUUUAGCCAACAGGAUAAAGUUAUGUUCUCUGGCGUUCACCGCCGCACGCAUGUACAGCAGCGGGCCUGCAGCCGCCAACAAGAACCCCACGGUGUACUUUGACAUUGCUGCAGACAACGAGCCUCUGGGGAGGGUAACCUUCGAGCUCAAUGCAGAAGUUGUGCCAAAGACAGCAGAGAACUUCAGAGUCCUUUGCACAGGGGAGAAAGGCUUCGGCUACAAGGGAUCCACUUUCCACAGGGUGAUCCCUGAGUUCAUGUGCCAGGGUGGAGAUUUCACUAACCACAAUGGAACUGGAGGCAAGUCUAUCUAUGGAUGGAAGUUUCCAGAUGAGAACUUCAAGCUGAAGCACACUGGACCCGGCAUUUUGUCUAUGGCCAACGCUGGACCCAACACCAACGGAUCCCAGUUCUUCAUCUGCACCAGUAAAACAGAAUGGCUGGAUGGCAAGCACGUUGUCUUUGGCAGCGUGACGGAGGGACUGGACGUGAUCAAGAAAGUGGAGACUUUCGGAUCUCGAUCUGGGCGAACCUCCAAGAGGAUCACUGUCGCAGACUGCGGAGAGCUGGAGUAGACUCUGAGCUGUGGACACGCUCCAUGUCUCAUCUCCUGCUGUAAUUUCAAUGAGAGUGAAAGAGGUACUUUCCUCAGUCAUGGUCCACAGUGCUGCAAUUGAGCCUGACACUUUCUGUGUUGGUCUUUGUUCAGGGAGCACAGCUAACACACUUAUCUGUGAAAUGGUUGAAAAUGUGAACUUGUAUUUUUGAAUACAAUAAUUCUAUUGUAUUUGAGGAGCGAUAUUAAGACUUGAACAUGCAGUGAAACGGGUUUGGAAAAGAGGCAUUAGUCCUGCAAAAAAUAAAGUCUUUUUUUUUUCUAAA